UGCUCAUUGUUCUAGUUUUUCCACACUGUGGGUGUAUUUUAGUGAUGUUGAUCGAUUAUGGCUCAGUUUUCAGCUGGAGGCUCUUUCAGUGACAGGAGGGUUAUAGAUUAACCUCAUUGUCCACAUUAACCUGUUAUAGUGUGGAAUGGCCUCUGUCACUGCUGUUUGGGAAGGUAGACGCUGAUAAACAGUGAGGACUAAACCCUAAACCGCUGUAGAUGAUGUGUAGUUCACUGGCCGUCGGGUUGAAUGAGGCGUUACACUGGAGUGGCUAUUUAAACCCAGUGUCAGAGAGACCAGACCGUCACGCUGCCGCUGAUCUCCAGUUACAUGAAUGGGACGAGUUUAUUGACGCUGAUCUGACACAUUGUCAAGUUGCCGACUGCAGGUUGUGUGUGUGUGUGUGUGUGUGUGUGUGAGAGAUCAGGACACUGUAGACCCCACAUAGUACUUAACGGCUGGUAAAUGACGCUGGUAUCCAGUGGGGAUUGAAGCCUCCAUCACCAGAUGGUGUUGGCCGCAACCAUCUGCUGCUGCCCUGGGAGCCAAAGGAGCAGCCGAUCUUCACCACCAGAGCUCAUGUCUUCCAGAUUGAUCCCACUACCAAGAAAAACUGGGUUCCCGCUAGUAAACAGGCUGUUACAGUCUCAUACUUCUAUGACAGCACACGCAACAGUUACCGCAUCAUCAGCGUGGAUGGGUCAAAGGUGAUCAUCAACAGCACAAUCACCCCCAAUAUGAACUUCACUAAAACCUCACAGAAGUUUGGCCAGUGGGCUGACAGUCGCGCAAACACAGUGUUUGGACUCGGAUUUGCCUCCGAACAACAGCUGUCUAAGUUUGCUGAGAAGUUCCAGGAGGUCAAAGAAGCCGCAAAACUGGCCAGAGAAAAAUCUCAGGAGAAGAUGGAGACGUCCAGCGAUCAGUCGCAGGAAUCUGGCCGUGAAACUCCAUCGGGCAAUCAGGCGUCCAGCAUUAACGGAACCGAUGAUGAGAAGAUCUCAUACGGCCCAGAGAACGAAGCACUGAAGAGUGAGAACGACCGGCUGAAGUCUGCGGUGGAGCAGAGUAAGAAGUGGGAGACGGAGCUGCAGGCGCUGAAGGAGAGCAACGCUCGGCUGCAGGACGCGCUGCAGGAGGCGAAGAGCAACGCCGACAGCUGGAAGAGUCAAGUGACGCAGUGCCAGGAGGAGAACAACCAGCUCCGCAACAAGAUCUCAGAGCUGGAGCUGCAGUGUAAAGAGGUGAAUCUGGAGAAAGAGAGAAACGCUCAGCUGACAGUCAGAAUUCAAGAACUGGAAGCGGAUCUGCAGGACAAACAACAGGAGCUUGAGAACUUGUGCAAACAGGCAGAAAUCAUCCCACAGCUCAUGGCAGAAUGUGAAAACAUCACGGCCAAAUUACAGCUGCGCUCCAUUUUUCUGGCUGCUCUCUUAAGGGUCCGAGUGUGCUCGUUGUACCACGACGUUGGACAAUUAUCCUUAAUCUUCUUUAAUCUGUUACUCUAUUACUGUAGAUGCUGCAGAACUGAACAGCAGGGAUCUGAACGAGAAGAUGACGCUCCUGCAGGCCGAGAUCGACGACAGUCAGCAGAAACAGAAGAACAUGAAGACGGAACUCAAGAAGUUCAUGGACGUUCUGGAUGGGAAGAUUGAUGAGCUGCAUGAAGUUCGUCAGGGCAUUUCUAAACUGGGUGUCGACAACUGAACUCGCACUCUCACACACACACAUACACACACACACACACACACACACACACACACACACACACACACACUCACUCACACUCACACACUCACUCACUCACUCACACUCACACACUCUCUGUCUCACUGGGCUCCUGUCGAAUGUGUGUUUGUGAUCUUGUAUGACUGCUGGUUAAGGGCUACUGAUGGUCACUGAGGAGUCACACACACACACACACACACACACACACACACACACACACACACACACACACACACACACACACACACACACGGACUGAAGGGAGAGUUUUACCGCUGCAGAUCUCAGGGCAGUUUGGAAUCGCUUGAUAUGCACACACAGACGUGAACUGCAGAAACACUAAGUGCCUGAAGGUGGCGCUCUCCGGAUCUCCACCAUGAGAAUCGUCCUGUCGAAGGUGAGGCUGAUCAGCUCCUCAUGCAAUACCCGCCUCAGGAUGCACUUCUCUUCUGCUUCUGUUGGUUUGUUUGUGUUUUUAAAAACAUUUUCAAGAUGGAGUUGCAUUAUGAAAAUAUUCUUUUUUUUGAUCAAUGAAAAUAUGAGCCAAAUAUCUGCUUGAUGAAGGCAGUUUGCUUGUGUGGUGCAGAUGUGUGUUGUUCUCAGCAGUGUUUGUGACGUGCUGCUCUGUGUGUGUGUGUGUGUGUGUGUGUGUGUCUUUGGGUGAUGGGAUAAUUUAUACGUGUGCUUUUUUUAGAAUAAUCUCUGCCUUUCCCGAGUCUUUGAUGGAGUGUUGGAGCUUCCGAACUCUCUCCUCAGCUCUUUUCACUUGUUUUCCUCUCGAUGCUUGUUUGAAUGUCGUGGCUGAUGUAUUAUAGAGCGUUUAACGUGGGCGAGUGUCUUUAACCCCUCUGAAACACACAUCUUACUGGAAACUUGAGCCUUUUUCCCUCUUUCUGGAAAAAUAAAAACACUUUUGUUGAUCAAAAUUGUAAAAUAAAUAAUUGUGGAAAUAUAGUUUAUGAAGGAAA